AUGCUAAGUCCAAAAGACAUCUCCAGAAUUCAUAUCACAGCCCAUGAUUUCGAUAAAGCUGGUUUGAAUAUUUUAGGGUACUAUCUGAAAUUAUACAUAAUUGAACAAGUACUAAAUGAGAGUGAACGCACCAAAGAAGCUACAAAGCUGGUAACUGAUCUGCUAGAUUACAUUGAAGCAUUCAAAAAUGAGAUUGAAACUGAAAAAGAUGAGGAACUUGCGGCAUUGAAACUUUUAAUAUCUGAUCAAAAUAAAGCCAUGGCCUACACACUGAAGUUUACUAUGACUUUAUACAAUUCGAAAUUAUUGCAAUUAAAGGACGGGCCAUGGAACAAUGACCUAAAAAGAGGUCUAUGGUGCUGUAUUGAUCUAUUCAACUGUAUUUUACAUUUGUGGGGUGAUAAAAUAACAGAUAAAGAACCUGUAAGAAAAUGUACUAAACUUUGUAAGAUUUACUUGAGUAAGUUGGCUAAAGGUGAGAUUGGUGCAUCUGCAAAUGACAAGUUAGAUAAUGCAAUUGACAUGGCACCAACUCAGGCGCCUGUAGGCAGUACGGCAUCAAAGAAUAGUGAUCAUGAAGAAGAGCAUGACUAUAUUAAAUAUAAUGGUGAAAUUAAUCAGAAUAUUGUCACCGAUUUAGAAAAUAUCGUUGACACUGAAGAAGAAAAAGUAGAGAAAAGCAUAGAGGAUAAUAACAGAGAAUUUUCAACGGAUACUUAUGUUACUUCUGAUGUCUCUAUGAAUAAGAAAAAUAACCAUCAAACUGAACCAGAAACUGAUAAUAAAGAAGCUGAUAAUAUGAGCGGAAUCAGCAUUCCUAGAGAUGAUGAUAUUGCAAAUAUGAUUACAGAGUACAAAAAAUUAACAGAUGAGGCAAAUCAGGGCCCAGCUGGCUUAUCAUAUCAAAAACCUCCAACUGAAGAAGAAAUAAAAAAAAUGAUAAAGGAGGUAGAAGAGCAAGAUGAUGAUGUGUUUGAUGAUGACAACGAAAUAGAGAAAGAGGGAACUGCCGAACCUGAACUCCCACAAGUUCCUAAUUUUUUACCAGAAAAUGUUCCAAUAUUCAUUGAUGAACCGACAUCGGAACCGGAACACACUUGUGACAUUAAAAUUGAUGACAGUGCUGUUGUAAGGAACACCUCGCCACAAGGUAAAAGUUCAAGUAAGAAAUAUUCAAAAGAGGAAAUAAUUACCAUGAUGAAUAAGGCAGAAACAAUAGAAAAAAUCCAGAAGCUUGCAAAAUAUGCCAUAAGCGCACUAAAUUACGAUGAUGUCCCGACUGCAAAAGAUACGUUAGCUAAUGCACUUGAUCUUCUUAAGUUAUUGGAGUGA